AACGCUUAAAACAGUAAAUUUAAAUUGAGCGCCGAGAGAGUCUGUUGUCGAUACCUGCUCUACUCUAAAUACUCACAUUGUUGUCUUCAAUUGGUUCCGAACCGGUAACAUGCUCCUCAAACUCUCGAUAUUUCUGUGUUGUGCUUUAUUGAAUCCAGUGAAUUGCGCCUUUCCCAAUGUCUACGGAAAAAUCAAACAAGAAAAAAUCGAAGGAGAUCCAGGUCAGCCGUUGAUUCUCACCCCGCUCAUUGAACAAGGAAAGAUACAAGAUGCAAGGGAAGCCGCAGAAGUUCAUUUUGACGGUUUCAAAGGUUUGAAAAGUUUCUCUGGAUACUUUACAGUGGAUAAAUUGUACAAUUCGAACAUGUUCUUUUGGUACUUCCCCUCGCAAACGAACCCGUCUGACCCGGUAGUCGUGUGGUUGCAAGGAGGACCGGGGGCCACCUCUUUGAUCGGUUUGUUUACUGAGAACGGACCGUUUAGAGUUAAACCGAAACACGGCUUGCAAUUAAGAAAAUUCUCCUGGAUUAAAUCACAUCAUGUCAUAUACUUUGAUAAUCCUGUUGGUACUGGUUAUAGUUUUACAAAAGGAGGCUAUGCCCAAAACGAAACUAAAGUGGGUCAGGAUUUGUAUCAGGCAUUACAACAAUUUUUCCUGCUGUUCCCUGAGUUACAGAAAAAUCCGUUUUUCGUUACUGGCGAGUCAUAUGCUGGAAAAUAUGUUCCAGCACUGUCAUACACAAUCCAUAAAGAAAAUCCCCAAGCUAAAUUAAAGAUUAACUUACAAGGAUUGAGUAUUGGAAACGGUUUGAGUGAUCCUGAGCACCAGUUAAAAUACGGAGAUUAUCUGUAUCAACUUGGUCUGAUUGAUAGUAAUUCAAGAGAUAUGGUACAAAAGUAUGAGGCACAAGGUAUAAAGUACAUACAAAAUAAAGAUUAUGCCAAAGCCUUUCAAGUGUUUGACAAUCUAUUGAAUGGUGAUUUGAACAAUCAUACUUCCCUGUUUAAGAAUAUAACUGGUUUUGAUAACUACUUUAAUUAUUUGUAUAAUGUGGAUCCAAACAAUGAAGAAAUGGUAUUCAUGGGCAAGUAUAUACAAAGAGACGAUGUGAGGGCAGCUAUUCACGUAGGAAACGCUUCGUUUCAUGGUGAAGAUUCUACAGUAGAAGUCAAUUUAAUGAAUGAUGUAAUGCAAUCAGUUGCGCCAUGGAUUUCUGAACUUCUUAGCAAUUAUAGAGUGCUGAUUUACAAUGGACAACUGGACAUAAUCGUCGCAUAUCCGUUAACAAUUAACUAUUUGAAGCAACUCAAAUUUAAUGGUGAUGCACAAUAUAAAACAGCAAAAAGAUUCAAAUGGUAUGCUGGACAAGAUUUGGCUGGAUAUGUAAAACAAGCUGGUAAUUUGACAGAGAUUAUGGUCAGGGAUGCUGGUCACAUGGUUCCUGGAGAUCAACCCAAAUGGGGCUAUGACCUUAUCUCCAGGUUUACCAGAAACAAACCAUUUCAUUAAAUUAUUUAAUAUUUAGCGCAAUUAUAACAUUACUACUUGUUAAUAAAAAUACUGUAAUUUUCAAAAUUA